AUGUAUCUUAAAUUGUGUUUAGCUCUAUUGAGCCUGGCAUUAGUUGCCGGAGCGCAGAGUAAAUCCAAAGCAGCACGCGAAGAAGGACGCACUUUGGGACUGCUUAAUCCGUUGGGAUUGUUGGGUGCUGUUGGCGGUGGUGGCUUGUUUGAUUAUCCAGUUGUGCCGGUGGCAGCAAGCACUGGAGCUGGUGCUGGAGCAGCAACCGCUGCUGGCACGCAGUCGGAUCAAUUUUAUGGCGGCGGCGGUGCAGGCUAUUAUCCUAGCUAUGGCAAUGUCUAUAGGCCAGCUUAUGGCUAUGCUUAUCCUGGCUUGGGACUGAAUUAUUUGGGCUAUCCCAGCUAUAAUCAGGCAUACUACAGACCCCAAAACUACUAUAGGCCUUACUACAACUAUCAGCGUCCGGUGCAGUAUCCCAACUACAAUAAUUACCAGCGACCCGUGCAGUAUCCCAACAACAAUUACAACAAUUAUCAGCGACCCGUGCAGUAUCCUAACAACAACAACUACAAUAACAACAGGCCUAAUUACAAUAAUUAUGGCUCUCAAAGCGCCAAUCCCAGCCCUGGCAUUUCACCUGCUGCAGCUGGCGGCGCAGGCGGCUCCCAGCUGAACACACAACAAGCAGCGCAGCUGGCUGGGCUUCUGGGUCAAGCUCUAGGCAGCAGUCUGCGACCAUUACUAGCCAACGGUGGUGCGGGAGGAGCGGCUGGCGCUGCUGGUGCUGGCGGUAAUAGUCAAGCGCUUGGCAGCUUACUAGGCUUGCUUGGCUAG